AUGUCGUUAGACUUUGGAUGGCGAAGGUUCAACUUUUUCGAUAAAAACAUAGUCCAAGACAAGGAGAAUCCAAGCGAAAAGUUUUUGGGCCUCAAGGUUUCAUAUUUUGAGGGAGAAAAAAAACUUGUUAGAUUCACCUAUCAGGACAUAAAUGUGGAUUGUUGGUGCACAGCUGGCGACGCCGUCUACCUCGGCGAGUCCAAAGGCGGCGUUUUCCGGUUUUUAUUAUUUACCAAACUUUUUUUUUUUUUUUUGAAAUGUGUGUUUUGUUAAAGGUUAAGUCAUCAAUUGGACGAGUCUUACUGGAAAGCUUAUCAAAAGUCCCUUUCUUCGUUGCAUUCUGCCGGCAAGUAUCUCUUCUCCAUCGGCGUAUGUUUUAGUUAUUUCAAACUUCUUUCAGCCAAAUAAGACAGCUGUAAGAAGAAGAAAAAACCUCGAAUAUGUUAGCAAGUUCUCCGUCAGUAAGUGAGGUAAAUCGAACCGAAAGUCGAUAUUUUUCUAAGCUCGAAAAUAUUCUGCUGCGCUAGUAACAAUAGACCUUUUUCGAAUGUGCAGGAAGAUGAGGACGCCAUCAACUCUUUGCUCAAAAUCUGGGAUCCUGAAAAGCCGGACAAGAGCUCGCCAACGUUGCGCCGAGAGGUUUUUGAUGGAAAAAAAAGAGUAACAGUCGAUUGUAACAGGUUCGAAUGAAUCCGCUGUCGGCGUCUUCGUGUCCGGCGUGCUGCGUGGCAGUCCAUUCCACUCUGACGGCCAUCGUUGUCGGGUUCGGAGACGGCGCCGUGCUUCUCUACCAAGGCGAUGUCGUCAACGACAAAGUGAAACAACAAAUCCCUGUGAUUCGGAGACCAUGUCAUCUUUCCAGGCUCUCGGGACUCGAUGGCAAAAAGUUCGCGAGUCUGCUCCGUUGGAUGGUCCAGUUACAGGUGAGAUUAAUCGCUUUCCGCAUGCUAAACUACUUGAGGACUGGCAAUUGCCUUUCUGCCUGGCAACAAAACCGUUCUGUUCGUCAUUACUCUCAAACACGUCUAUUCAUAUGUCGUUGAGAAUCGCGCAGUCACUAGCAAGGUUCAAAGAAACUCGAAAGAUUCAAAGUUUGAUGGGAAUGGUUUCAGAAGAAACACGACGCCAACGGGGCCUCGACAGACUGUUGGACGUACGACGAGUCGACGGGACAACUUGUCGUCGCAAGUCGAGAGGUCCGUUGUUCUUCGGAGACAUUUUUCAGGAUCAUCACUUUUAACAAGCUCAUGCUCAUAAAUCUUGACUUGUAAUUUUUAUUAACAUUUUCCUUCACUAUCCACCGUAAUACGCAAUUUUUCAAGUACAUCUUUUCAAGUACAAUUUUUCAAAUACAAUUUUUUCAACAACAAUUUUUUGUACUUGUAAACGUGCACUUGAAAACUUGUAAUUGAAAAAGUGUAAUUGGAAAAAAUGUGCUUGAAAAAUUUUAAUUAUAAAAAUUUUAUAUAAAACUGUAAAUGUGGCAGGGGUGUGGGGACGACAGUCCCCACCAUAGGAGCAGUUUCUUCAACGGGGGCACCUAGUAAUUUUCUUCCAAUAGUUACAAUUUUGCAUCCGCAUUUCUUCAAGAUGAAAGAUUCUAGUGUGUUUUCAAGUAGGUGAUUGGAGCGUAAUGAAUUCCUCAACGUAAUGACUUUCCCUUGCAAAUCUCAAUCACGUUUUUUUUUUCAUUCUGACAGAUGGUCUACUUUUACGAAGCGGACCAGAGCGUAGACGUCGACGGCGGACAAGGCCGGUGUCUGCAAUUGGUCCGAGGCAACGACAAGCUGCAGCUCGUGGCGGCCGGCCAACACCUCGCCCUGCUCACCAAACAACAGGCCCUCAUCCCGUCAGUGUCCCGUUGCGCCGCCCCAGAAAUCCUCUCUGUGAUAUCAGAUCUGAAACCGAGUACAUGACCAUGAUAACGGUCUACGACGUCAAGGGCCAGUACAUUGGAUUUUCUUGCUCUCUUCCGUCUCUCUGCAGGUUUUUUAGUUUCCUUUUACUUGUUGCACUCGAGUUUUUCAGACUGUUUGUUAUUGGAAAUUCCAUGCUGAUACUGAGCAAAGACGGAACUUUGUCACAACUUUCGGAGAAAAAUCUCAGCGCCAAGCUGGACAUUCUUUUCAAAAAGAACAUGUUCGAUGUGGCGGUUGUGUGAGUUGAGAUGCUUUUAUCCGCAUCUUUUGCAAGGAUCCAGACUCGCCAAACAUAGCAAAGACGGCGGCCAGCAUCUCAAGUCGAUUCAUGCCAAGUACGCCGACUAUCUCUACGGGUUUCUUUUUUUGCUCAUUUUGAAUCAAAAAAGUUGCAAUUUUUUCAGCAAAGGAGAUUUUGAAAAUGCGAUAAAUCAGUACAAAGAGACGAUUGGUAUGCUCGAGCCUUCAUACGUCAUUAAAAAG